UCCAAUAUGGCUGGUCGAGGUGGUUACGAAGAUUCAAGAGAUUAUGGAGGUGGAUAUCGAAGUGGCAGAAGGCCAUUGCCAACUGAACCACCUUAUACAGCAUACGUGGGAAAUUUGCCAAAUGGAAUUGUACAAGGAGAUGUUGACAAGAUUUUCAAACAACUUAAUGUUAAAGGAAUCAGAUUGGUUAAGGAUAAAGAAACUGAUAGGUUCAAGGGUUUUUGUUAUGUUGAAUUUGAAGAUUGUGCAGACCUAGAGGCUGCCUUAGAAAUGGAUGGAACGAUAGAAAUAGAUAGAAGUCUCAUUAAAAUAGAUGUAGCCGAUGGUAAAAGGAAUGAUCGAGGAGGUGGUUUUGACAGAAGAGGUCGCAGUGGUGGUGGUGGCAUUGGAGGAGGCUUUAGGGGGAGAGAUGGUGGCCGCGGUGGAUAUGGGGAUGAUUUGGGUAGCAAAUCUAUGUAUUCGAGAGGCUAUGCAACUCAACAAAGUGGCAGGCAAAGUACUACCUGGGACAUGAGGGGUAACAGAGGCAACUAUAAUCAGUUUACUGAGGAUGCAGGAAGUGGAAGUCGGGAAUGGACACGUAAUGCGCCGACUAGAGGAUAUGCUAGUAAACCAGCUCCUCGUGGUGGAACUGGACCUGAGCGAAAACCAUUUCAUGAUGAAGCCUUUCAUAAAGACCCACCUCCAGUUGACACAACUGGAAGAAAACGUCUAGUGUUAGCACCAAGGACAAUUCAAGAUCCCAUAAACGCAAUUGCUGAAUCAAGUAAAUCGAGUUCAAUUUAUGGCGGUGCAAAACCUCGAGAGGAGAAACUUAAUGCUGAUGACAAGUAAACACAUUAUCAUCAUUACUAGUUUCUAAUUCCCUAAAUUUCGGGGAAAGGAACUUUCCCAACAAAAACAUUUGGAAACGAAUACAAGAUCCCUUAGUUUCUUCAAAUGUAGUGGGGAGAAUCUCUUAAGAGAUGAAAUUAAAUUACAAUAAUUUUUAUUUACCCCUAAGGGGGAGUCUUCCCCACAGAUACACAAUGAUAAAAGGUGAUUUAAUGAGAUUCUUAAGUUCUACGUAUUCGGAAUUUUCAAUUUUAAUAAAAUUCUCUCAUCUA